AUGCGCGGCUCGCACUCGGCAAAAAACAAUGCUGUGAUCGAACGCGGCGAUCGCCAGAGCGAGAGGGCAGAUGAAAGCAGACGCUACGCCGCGGGCGGGGCGCCCGCCGCCACGCCGCCAUUGGCUGAGGGCGCGCGUCGCCCGCCGCCCGCGUUUUGCACCCAAUCCACUGCGCCGUUGAAGCGGUCGCCUCGCUCACCGCGCUCCCCGCGCACACCGAAGCGCCGACCUUUUACGAAUGCCGAACCGAUUCGAUACGACCGAAAAUGCCUUAGUUACUUCGCGCGCGCUCUGUUGGCUAGACGCAUU